GCUGUUAUUCUCACACCUCAUCUGUGACUUGUCUGAUAAGCAACCUCAGUGUAUGCUAAGGUCUUGGACUUGAGAGAACAACAAACAAUCAUCGCAACCAUGUUCAAGAUGAAAUGUGCGCUUUGCGAUGUGGUCGUUAAACGCAUCGAGAUGCCACACCAUGUACGAGCAGCCCACAAUCCAUCGGGGGCCAGCCAAAAUGCAUCUGAGACGUCGUUCAACGCAGCAUCUGAGACGUUGAUCAACGCGGCAUCUGAGACGUUGGUCAACGAACCGCAAGCCGCGGCGCCUUCCCGUGAAACUCCGCUAGCUCCGAUCACUACUCAAGCAGACCGUGAAGCAUUCAAACGGGAGAUCCAAGACAUCGUGCAUGUGUUCAACGCCCUGCCUGAUCAGCUGAGACAGGAGUGCAAGCAGGGUGUUGAAAACAUGCCUGUUCUUGGGGCGUUGUAUGCGUACACCUUCACGCAUCUUCAACUUUGCGCUCCAAAGAAACAAAGUCUCAUUGCUGAACUCGAAAACCUGAAAGCGGAAUGGAUAAGAGACAGUGAUGCGAGUCUUUUGGGUUUGAAGACUAUCAAGGACGGGCUAGUCCGCGUCCUACAAACGUCACAAGUCAAGAAGCACUUCUGCAAUACUCGCCUGAUCCACGAACACAGACUGCACGACCUCGACAUCGGCAACAUUGCGGCAUUGAAUUGUCGAGCAUACGACAUCGAAAGAGCGUGCCCGUGCCUUCUACGCCCUGACUGAUGACAACGCACAGUUCAUGGUUGAAAUCCUGCAAGAUCUAAUUGCGACUCGGUCCGAUAUCGUCGAAACAUAUAGAAGAUACUUAGUGAACGCUGUCAUCAGACUUUCCAGGAAAUCUGGACGGUUCCCACAGAAUUUGCAACUUUGUCACGUCCAGGACUUAAGAAGUACCGAAUUGUGUGGCGGGUAUGGCUUGAUCUACGAAGGCAAAUUACACGGUCGCCUUGUUGCCGUGAAAAAAGUGCGAGA